AAGCUGUUGCAGAAGGUAAUCGUUGAGGUUUUGCCUGAAUGGUGAAAAGAUGAUGAUAAACUGGUACUGUCGAUGAAAUGGUUAGAUUCAAAAGCUGAGGAAGAUUUGUAGCCUGAGCAAUUAGGUGAAGCCUUUUGCUAGAGUGCUAUCUUUGAUGUUUUGAUGUAUGAACAUUCUUGAGCUUUUCUUUUUCUGAAACCAUUGUGUUAUAGGUUCUACAGACUGUUAACUGGAUUAAUAAAAAAAAAAAAUUAAAACACUUCUUCAUCCAUUUCAUAAGAUUGUAGUAUGUUGUAAAAUGAAUGCUUCUUGUAUAUACAUGUACCAAAUAAAUUAAGUACAAUGCAAAUCCUAAUAAAAUGAAUAAAUCCAAGUAAUAAAGUGAGUUAAAAUUUGUAUUGCAAAUACUUUUUAAAGUUUGUUGAAAUUUCCAAAACAUGAGUGUUUUGAAACGGACUGAGUAGGGACAACCCUGAGAUCUAUGGAGUUUGAACAACUAUUGUUUUGGAAUCAAAUGUUCUAUUCAUUUAUAGGAUGAUUUAUUGAUCAAACAAUUGAUGCAUAUUAAUUAUUUAAAAAUUGAGGAGCAAGCCGGAUCUUAUGUUAUUCUGUGUGAAAAUCCAUCGUGUAGAGAAAUAUGAUACGUUAAAACAUUUUCACAUGUUGAAGACGUGAUUCGACCACUUUCUUUCUAUCUAUGGCCUACACGUCCAUAGCUAUCCCAAGAUCAGAUGUUUUUGUAUUUGGCUCCUAUAAGUCAAAAUCCAUAUGCUAAUUUUAAGGUUGUAUAUUAGAGUGGGAAGAUCUAUCAAUAAAAAUCGAUUGUUGAUGUCGAUCGCACUACAUUGUUGAUGUCGACUAAACACAGCAUUUGACAAGUAUUUUGGAUUUUGGUGGAAAUAAAAUAACUAAAGGACAAGAAACAUUUUGUCAAGCGUAUUGGAUUUUUGUUAUUAAAACCAACAUAUCUGAAGAUGUUCAACGAAAAGAAAAUCUAAACCAUUUCUGAUUCGAUAAUUUCUAUUUUUCAGUUUAAGAUUUACAAUUGCAGAAAUUGUAUCAUCUGUAAUUUUCACAGUUUUGUCAAAAAAAUGGCUCUACAAUUAAAUACUCCCUCUCUUUUUUAUCCUCAUUAUUAGUACUCUAAAUUGUCAUACUUACAUAAGAUAUACGCAUCCACCAUAAACUAUCAGUGUAGUGUGUACAUAAUAAAAGAUAAAAACUUGAUAAAGAUUGGUUUACAAAUUGAUUGGUGAUGGGAACUAAAGAUUAUAAGCAUGUCUCAGUGUUGAUUAUGUUCGAGUGGUUCAGCAACAUCCACGCAUUGCCUUAGCGAAAAAGUUGACCACAUUAUCCCCACCAAUCUUCAUUUCAUUAACCUUAUCUUAUCUUCUUUAUACAUAUAUAGAAAACAAUUUUAAGUGUUUUCCAAUGAUAGUAUUUAGAUAGAAGAUUUAUUAUAGUUAUAGCGUGAAGAAAUCAUGUAUGGGUUUAGGUUCUGAACUUUUUGGUUACAACAAAAGAAAUAGGAAAUUUCAUACAAGUAUAAAUAAUUAUAGCACUCGAAUGUAAGUAUGAUUCACUCAACUUACUGGGGGGACCUUAGUCACUUCAAUAGAACAAAAGUUAGAAGUAAUAUUGGAAUUUUCAGUAUACCAUGUUGAGAGUUCAUGAAUUUUCUGUUUAAAGCUAAUUAUCGAUGAAUAGAUUCCACUCAUACUCUUAAUUACAAGCUAACGUUGGUCUCUUCUUACUUCCAAAGUAACAAACUCGAUCAUAUAACUAUAUGAAUCACAAUAUAGUAAGUCAAGAAUUAUAUUUAAAGACCAUACUUUUUACUUUGUCUUGCUUUCGUUAUAUCUUUCUAUAUCUGUAUGCAACCUUUUGCCUUUUGGUAUAGAUACCCUUCCUUUACAAACCCUUUUUCACUAAACUGUUAUUAGCACAAAUUAAUUAUCAUUAGGUGAACCAAUAUAUAUGUCACUUAAACCAAGUAACUCUUUCCUUUAUAUAUAUACAUGUGGUUAAUAUUUCAGUCUCAUAGUCUAUGUGAAACACUCCAAGAAGAAGAGUGUAAAAAAAUAUGGAUCAGAGCCAUUUAAACGCAAGUCAAUCAAGAUCUGUAGAUCGCAAAACUAUUGAGAAAAAUAGAAGGAUUCAGAUGAAAGAUCUCUACUCAGAACUCAACUCUCUUCUUCCUCAAACUUCUAGGGAGUCUUUGGCACUGCCUGAUCAGCUAGAUGAAGCUGCAAACUACAUCAAGAAGCUACAAGUGAACGUGGAGAAAAAGAGAGAAAGGAAGAGGAAACUUCUUGCGACUGCAGCUUUCGAGAAAUUGAAUUCCACUGGAUCUUCAUCGAUGUCUUCGAGUGUGGACGUCUCCAUGCCAAGAAGGUUGCCGAGAAUCGAGAUUCAAGAAACCGGUCCGGUUCUUCACAUCUUUCUUGUGACAAGCAUGGAACACAAGUUUAUCUUCCAUGAGAUCACUCGUCUUAUCACUGAGGAAGCAGGAGCUGAGAUGACUCAUGCUGGGUACUCCAUUGUUGAUGAUGCCGUCUUCCACACUCUUCAUUGCAAGGUGGAAGAUUGUGAUUACGGAGCUGGGACUAGAAUUUCAGAGAGUCUGAAGAAACUUGUGAACACAGUCAACUAAUAUUCUCUCUAAUGUGUACCCUUUCGUCCCUCUCCUUGCAGCUUUUUCAAUUUUUUUUCUUAUGUUUUACUUUUUCUUUGUUUGAUUUUAUCUUUUAUUAUGAAAGCAAUGUUUCGUUGUGAGCAUAAUACGCCAUUUUAAAAUCUAUAGAGAUGAUGUAUUGGAAUUGAAAUUGAUACUUAAGAGCAAAAAAAAAAGUAUCUAAUUAUGUAAUCUCUCUGUUUUUAAGAUAUA